AUGGCCCUCCCUUCCAACGUCCACGUUUCGUCCCAUCCCCUCCUCCAAGCCAAGCUCUCACAGCUCCGGUCCGCAUCCACCUCGACCCGCGAGACCCGCAGUCUGGUGCACGAGAUAGCGACUAUCUUGGGCGUGGAGGCAUUUGCAGCAGGAUGGAAGGUGAAGAAAGCAGGAAUGGAUACCACCCCGUUAGGCACCGAAUACGUCACUCACGACAUUGAUCCUUCGGACAUUGCCUUGGUGCCUAUUCUCCGGUCCGGAUUGGGCAUGAUAGAGGCGAUGAACAACCUCCUCCCCACCUCCGUCCCAAUCUACCACCUCGGUCUCUUCCGCGAACGUCUCACCCUCCAACCCGUCGAAUACUACAACAACCUGCCCUUUCAGCCCGACAGUUCCAGUACUAACACCGCCGCCGCGGCCACAGCCAUUCUCCUUGAUCCGGUUAUUGCAACGGGUGCCACCGCUGAAGCGGCGAUUCAGUUACUUCGUGAAUGGGGCGUGCAGAGAGUCGUCAUGUUGAGUGUGUUGGGUUCGGAGGCGGGUGUGCUUCGCGCUGCAGGCACUUGGCCGGAGGGCGUCGAGGUGUGGACUGGGGCCGUGGAUGCUAGGUGUGAUGAGCGCGGGAUGAUUGUGCCGGGGUUGGGGGAUAUUGGGGAUCGGUUGUUUGUUGCGAUGGGGAAGUAG